CUUUCCGGAUGUUGAAAGAAGAACUCGCGGGCGUGAACCAGACAUCAAAUACUACCCUGGGAUAGUUUUCUUCAAAAUUGGAUGGCCAUUGUCUGCGGUCUGUGUGCUAUUCAUGUAUUGGUGUGACUCGGUGUCAUCACAAGACAGGAGGCAGUGGAGUGGAGCAAUCGGUGGAAGGGCUUGAACGGCCUUCUAACAUUUGGAUUGUUGUGGCCGAAGAAAAUCAAGUGAAACGUGUGCCAAAAAGCUUAGGUUAGGCAAUUUCUUUCACAGGAUUGAAAUCGGAAGUGUGCUCCUGCUGUGCAAUCAAAGCGAACGGAAGCUGAACACCCUGCUGCUGAAAAGAAGGGUGGUGGUCGCCUGUACAUGUUUCAUUUGUGGGUGGAGUGAGACCUAUCAAAUUCUUUUUGUGUGUGCAUGUUUCAUCAUCAUCGAUCUGUGGUUUGACAGAAAGUGAGAAAAAUUAGACGAGGAGCAGGGAAGGAGAGAGAUAGCAUACGCAAGAGAAGAGCCUGACAGAGGACGAAAACAAGAAUUCGUGUGACGCUACGCAGCAUCCCCUGCAAACCCUGUCCGUGUGUUGAUUUCUACCAGGCAGAGAGGUGGAAGAAGGGUGUUUCCAAAUUGUGUUUAUCUAGCGGCUGGAAAGUGAAUGAAUAUCUAUCGUGUGUAACUUAAGUGAGGCGGAAAUUUUCUAAAGAAAUUGCCAGAACAAAGUUAUCUUAAGGGCCAUUUGGCACAGUGGGCGAGAAAGUGUGUCUGAGUGUGUCGAUUUUUUGUGUGAACAUCUUCGCAACAACAGCAAUAGCAUAAUCGAAAAUAUUCGUGAUUCAAUCAACUGGACCAGUGGGUAUCUGGAAAGUACUUUUGGCUUUCUUGCAUUGUCAAGUGUGAAAGGAAAACUUUUCCAUCAAAUUGUCCCUCUUGUUGGGGAAUCUUUUGUGGUGGUAGCCGCUGUUCGUCUAUUGGAUACAACCAUCGUCGGAGGAUUGCUGAAAUUGGUUGCAGUACAUGUGAGAGAUCAUUCUACCGACGGUCCUUCGCAGAAUCGUGGCCCGAAUAAUCAAGUGCUGCUGACCCAGAUGAGGCCCAUUUCGAGCAUAAUCUUCAAGCCGUGUGCACUGAAGUGAAAAGAAACGCACCGAAAAAACAGUGCAGAAAAAGGAAAAUAUUUUGGCAAAAUUGAAUUUCCUGUCUUUUUUUUUUGGCGAGUAGAAUAAAGUGGUUGUCAAGGAAAAUUUGGUUGAGAGAUAACUGAAGUGUUUGAGUGUGAAGAAACAAAUCAUAAGCAACUGGGAAAAUGGCGAGCGUGAAGAGGCGUAGUGUUGGGUGGCUGUGUCUAGUGAUUUGCGUGGUGGGUGUUUAUUCGGAUGUGUCUACCACGAUGGAAACUGCAACCGUUGGCGUCAUCGCUGAGGGUGGCGUCAGUGUCAGUGCAAGUGAAGAAGAUACCUACGCUACGGUAAUGUCGGUUAGCACUAGCGGAAAAAUGGAACCAGAGGUGUCGGAAAUUCCGUCCUCCACUGUGCUUGGAGAGUCGACAAGUGUCGUUGUCACAAGUGGUCCAACAGAGAUGGUAGAAGGAUUGACGACUGGUUUUGCGGUGGAACUGGGUAGUAGUGCUGCCAGUUUGGCGGAGGAGGGUGAAAUCGAGAAGAAGGGAGACAUUGAGCUGGAAAGUGAGACUCCGGUUAUAAGCUUCGGAAUACGCUCAUUCACGGUUGAAGUGGGUACCGGGACAGAGCGGUCCAGUGAUGAGCCGGUGCUGAUGAAUGCAACCCAACCAGAAAAUGCUACCCAGCAGAGCGCAGAAAGUGCCUCCACUACUCAAGUAAAUUUCUCCAGUGAGUCGUUGGGCGACGUGGCAUCUACUGCAACAGCUACUACCGUAGAGUCGAUAUCUACUACUCUCAUCAGGGAAUCUGACCAUGUGGAAAAUACAGGAGACGAAGGGCCAUCUCAGGAACAGACGAGCGAUUCCGUGGUUACCAUCAAUACCAAACUUACCAACGAAAAGCCCAUUAAUAUGGAUGACUCCGGUGAAGAACAGCAUCUUUCGAAUGAAAUACGCGUUGAGAAGAAGAAUGGACUCUAUCGAAUCAAGAUAGCCGAAAUCACAACCGAUGAAUUCGAUAAUGGAUUGCAUGAAAGUGAUAAUGAGAAUAUGCUGAUGCCAGCUGACGUCGUCGCUUCCAAGUCGGUUUACCCGAGCAAGAUUAAUAUUGACGAUUUUUAUCCUUCAAAGCUGGAGGACUUCAAACCUUCGGUUGCCGGCGGAAAUGUCAUCCAGAGGGAGGUGGAAACGCAGGAGAAAUUAUUGCGAGAGAAAGCAAUCCUGCGAAACGACGAUAAUGAGAAACUUUUCGAAUCAACCAUCAUGAAACCAUCGGAAGUUUUGCCAGUAAUUGACAGCAGGACUGAUGGCUCCGAUGAGGAUCGAAAUGAGGGUGACAAAAAAGGACAGGAUAACGGUGACAUUUCCACUACCAAGAUUGAGAUCGAACUAAUCGAUGAUACCUCAGAAACUUCUACCAGCGACGAGGGAAAAUCCUCCAUCGACAACAUAACCGAGAAGCUGGAGGAAAACGACGAAGUAAUUAGCAGGAUUGAGGAGAAUUUCAAAGGUUACAAAACUUUCGACUUGCCAGAGGAGGAAGAACCCACUCCAAAGAAGAAGGACGAUGAAGUUAUUACGAUUGCCAUCUCCUCCGUGACAUUUUCAUCGUCGCAACAGUUAACCACGCAAGCCGUACCGACCCUGACACCGAUCUCCGGCACUACCACCCACACAUCGCAGGAAGAGGUCCCGAUUGCCGUCAGUGGCAGUGACAUUGUCAAAGGCAAUUACGGUAAUUUGUUCAUUCAGAGACGUGUCAAGAAAAAUGAUCCCACCACGGCCAAGCUCAACGUCUUCGAUUCCGUCGCUCCACUGAAAAAGAUAGAUUUUGCCAAUACGAAAUUCAACACCGACAACAGUGGCCCUCCGCACGACCCCAAGGAUGCCAACAAGAAGGACAAACCGGAAUUUUCCACUACCAAAUUUUACAAUAGCAAGGAGCUCUACAGCGAGCUACACCACCAAAUGAUGAACGACAGCGACCAUCGUCAUCCGAGCCGCAAUUCUCCGGUCGUGCCGAAGAAAACCACCGCCAUAGUUUCAGAAAAGGACAUCCUAACCGCCAAAACCCUCUCCCGACCGGCUGCUCAAUCAACAGUAACCACCAAAAAGCUACCACCGAAAUCUGUCACUCCCACAAGCGAACCUAUUCGUUCGGAAUCCAACAUCAAAAAGCAACUACUGAAGACAAACUUUAUUCCGCGUGAGGAGUCACACCCACCCACCGGCAAACCACAACAAUCCGUCGUCUCCCAAACCCCCCUUGAAAACACAUCCGUCAACCGCCCACUCCACCCUCAGGACCAGCAGAAGAAGAUAAAAACCCUCGGUGCAGCUGCCUCCGCCAUCAUCGCUGCCACCUCCAAGCUAACCAAAAUCAACAGCAAGGCUCGCAUUACACCUGCCAUCACUUCUGGAGCUGCCAACCCUCAGCAGCAACGUAAACCGCAACCAUCGACUUCUCGGCUUGGUGAAAAUUUAAUUACAAGGCCGGUCAUUACACCGCUGUCCCGACUGCAGGAGAAAAUUAACACACUGGAUUGCGACAUCCAGGCCGUCUCGCCGGACUCGACCAUCUGGCGGGGCAACGAGACCCACGAUCUGAAUCUGCCCAUUACGACACCGGAGGACUGCUCAGCCGGAUCCAGCUGCAUCCCGACCACAAUCUCGUGGGAAGGCACCGCCGACAUCCAAUCCGGUGACGUGUUGAUUGUGGAGAUUGACGAUAAGCACUUGAUUCCAUCCAAUUAUAACAAAUCUGCAGAAAGUGCCCAUCAUACGACACCGGCAGUCUACCAGGUGACACGGCUUGGGCACGAAAAUUGUGACAUCACCGAGGGAGUCCUGCUCGACAUCACCCCACUGCUAGUGGACGGCAAGAAGCUGGUCACCUUAUACGAUAAGGACCUGACGGAAGGAAUUAAUCUGCUAAUUGUGGUCUCGGAACAGUGGGGUCAUCAGUGCGUACGUCUAAAAGUGACGGUCAAGUCGGAUAAUUGCGGUGAAAAUGCUGACUGCUCCGGAAAAGGUGUAUGCUUCUCCAACAAUUCGAUGGAAGGCUACGAGUGCCAGUGCUGCAGUGGAUUUGCAGGAUCUCAUUGCGAGGAGAUUGAUGCUUGCACGCCAUCCCCGUGUACAAACAAUGGCAUUUGCGUCGAUCUUUCUCAGGGUCACGAAGGAAAUGCCUACCAGUGCCUGUGUCCUUAUGGCUACACCGGCAAAAACUGCCAGUUUGAAUCGGACCCCUGUAAUCCAUCGCAAUGUUUGAAUGGAGGGACCUGCGUCGGAAACUCGACCCAUUUCAGAUGUGACUGCACCUCAGGCUACACCGGACCGCUCUGUCAACAUAAUCUCAACGAGUGCGAGUCCUCGCCGUGCGUUCACGGUAUCUGUGUCGAUCAGGAGGAUGGAUUCCGAUGCUUCUGUCAGCCAGGAUUUUCCGGGGAGCUAUGCAACUUUGAGUACAACGAAUGUGAGUCGAACCCAUGCAUCAACGGCGGUCAGUGCAUUGACAACAUUGGUGGCUUUUCGUGCAAAUGUACUCGCGGCUACACUGGAAAACGCUGUCACAUCAAGGUGGACUUUUGCGCCAAUGACCCGUGUCCGGAUGGCCAUCGCUGUAUAGAUCACGGGGACGACUUCUCCUGCGAGUGUCCGGGCGGACGCAACGGACCGGACUGCAAUCAGGUUCCCAGAACGCUGUGCAACGUGAAUCCAUGUGCCAACGGAGGAACCUGCUGGACUACCGAGGAAUCGUUCUAUUGUGCAUGCCGACCAGGUUUCACGGGAAAAAUGUGCGAAGAGAACUUUGUAAUCGAUACGGUUGUCAGCUCUAGUGAAAUGCUGUCGGACAGUCUUGGCCAGAAUGGAGGCCAAAAUGGUCUGCAUGGAGGCAGCAGUAGCACCCUGUACGGAGAAUCGGAAUCUCACAUUGGAAAGCGUGGCAGUGCCAUAGAAUUGCACAACGCGUACAUCGCUGCGGGAACGUUAGCGGCAGCCAUUCUCAUCGUGGCCAUUGUGGUAACCGCAUGCCACUGCAAGGUGCAUCAGAGCUAUCGCUAUUUCGCCACCAAGCACCGCCAACUAAUACCGAUCUUUGGCCGCAAAACAAAAGCGUCCUCCACCAACCGGCACUGGCUGAGCGGCAAAGGUCAACAAGCCACCACUGGCCACAACAACCUGAACUACAGCUAUGCCCACCAGCAUCCGAACUCGUACAGCCUACAGCCGGAGCGGAUAAUCAACAAACCAACGCUGCAGAUGAAUUUGGAAAACGACAUGUACUACACCGUGGACUUUGGCGAGUCGCAGAAUGCGCCCCUGAUUCAGUAAAAUUGCGUACUUGAGUCGGACGGAGGAGGAGGAGGAGGAGGAAGGAAUGCCUCCAGUUUGAACAUUUCUAAUUUCAACGUUCAGUUCUAUUCAGGCGCUUAUCCAGUAGAAUAAUUAUGAAAGGAUCUAAGGUUACGUGAAAAUGAUUACAUAAGAGUACAUUACAGUAAGCCAAAGAAAAGAAUGCAAGGAGAACAAUUCCUUAACAAUCGGACACAUGCCAGAUUAAGGAGGACAACAUCGAACCAGCGGCGGCGGCACUGGUUGAACGCUGUAUCGUAGCUGAACCGGAUAAGGUUAGGAGCUCUAAAUAUUAAAUGUAUAGUCACGACACGAUAAGCUAAAACAAAAAGGCUCGAAUUUUGAGACAAAGAAAGGAAAAUCCAACUGUUUCAUAGUAUUUUGGUUUCCUAGACACGAUUUCGCCCAACGUCACCUCCACCACCGCCUGCAGCUUAAUUGAUUUUCUUCCACCGCAAGAAAACGCACCACAAAACUGCGCCAAAAUCUACCCCUUAAAGUGACAAAAAAGUAAAGCGAAACAAGCGAGAAGAAAAAAUCUUUUGAUUGGAUCCUUGGAUCUUGGUUUGGUGCCAACGACAACGAUGACGGCAGCCUCUUGGCAUGGACGGAAAUUAAAGAUUAUUAUCGUGGUGUUGUGCCCACUGUCUAACCAGCUUCUCGGUGACAUCAUGUUACUUAACUCAGCUGAACGUUGAAUUCGAUAAUGGUAAAGUGGAACAGCAGCUAGGCAAAAAUAGGAUUUUUAAGAUAUGUCUAUUUUUUCUGAGAAAACCAAACCGAAGGAAAAAUGUUGUUUUUUUUUAUGUAAUGAACGCUGCAUGGUAUGGAAACGUAUUGCACGUUUAUUUACUUACGGUUGCGUCAAAGCUCGAGAACGGUUGAUGAUCUUUAAGGUGAUACGGAACAGAGUCUAAAAAUGGCGAUCUUGGUAGCUGACUUGCAGUAUUGCUUCCAAUUUUCUGGAGCACAAAUCCUUAGCAGCUAUUUUUACUACAGGGGAUAAUUUUAUGCGCUAGGUCGCAUUCAAGUCCGAUAUUUGUGCUCUAUAACAUUACAAGUGGCAGUGACAGUGUCAGUCAUCUAGACAGACAUUUUUAACUCUUUGUCGUAUCACAUUAACAAAUACCAAAAGUAUGUUUCGUAAUUAAUUAACAACAACAGUAUUAACGAAAGCAGUUGUUGAGGGCUCUUAAACACGCCUUUCUCCCAUUGCUAGUUUUUUUUUAAUAAUUAAACAGAAUCGCCCAUCCUUUAGAAAUAUUUCACAACGGUGAAAAAUUACCCGAAAUUCUUUCAAAUUCGUUGAAAAGAUCAGUGUUAACGAAAGUUUCUGAUAGGGCACAGCAAUAAGAGCACUCUUUAAACCAAUUUAUAUUUUUAAACCGACGUUAAAAUACGGAAACUGCCAACCGUGAAGUGUUGCCGGAACGAAAUAAAUUAAGCUAUCGUCACAUCUCAAUCUGGUGUGGUAGUGCUCUUUUUCCAAACCUACACGGCCGCAGAUAGUAACUCAGAAUUGAGUAAAAUUCUACUGAAAAUUGCAAAAAAGGGUUACUGGAAUGAGUAAAAUGUUCCUCGAUUUUCUUGAAAAAUCGGCUUGAAUAUAAGAAAAAUCGAUUACCCAGUUUAUUCAGACUGAGUAAAAUAUUAAUCGAUUUCUGAGGAAAAUUAUGUAAAAUUUUCACUGAGCAACCCCACUUUUUACAAUAUUGAGUCAUAUUCUACUCAAUUCUGAGCUACUCUCAUCGACCGUGUAUGAGCUGUAUCAGGUACGCGGUGGCAGUGGUGGCGCUAGGCAAAGGCAACAACGAAAUGCGAGCCAAAAAAUAAAAACCCACUCACCAUGCACGCUUCGAAUCCUUAAUCCGAUUAUGUUCUCAACGCAUGUGUUCCGAAAAAAUAUAUAUAUAUUGAAGAGUAUACUCACACGCACACUUGAAUCCGGAGGAGGAAAAUAAACGUGUCAGAGAAAAUUAUAAAGCUCGUCCUGAGUGUGAGGUUCAUCGAAACGAGGGCAAGCGGAAAAUAAAGAACCCAUAAUAAUAAGAUUUUAUAUUUCCCGAUGAUGGUUGAAAAUGUUCGUUGUUUAUAAUUGAGAUAAUAAAUGCUCUGUUUUUGUUUGAUUUUGAUCCGUUUGUUUUGCACGGUCCCGGCCUCGUGUGUAUGUGUGUGCGUCCGUGGAGAAGAGGGCCCGGUGAGUAAAUCCCUCGCAAGUUAAGUUAAUAUGAACAAAGCAAAAAAAAAAAUACCAGAUAUUUUAAAACAAUAAAAAAGUACAUUAUAGGACUAAGACAAAACUGGAAACUAUUUCAAUUGUGGCUGACAUUCUAGAGAAGGAAAUUUUUUACAUAAGAUAGUAACAGUCGAGAGAGGUGUAAGCUUGUAGGAAUAUGAAAACUAAAACAAUUUUGAAUCGGAAAAUCUAUCUCAGUAAACGUUUUGCAGUUUUGCAGUUUCAGGAAGUUCCUUCCUAGCUGGAAGAAUGAAGAAUGGAGAUGAGACGUUCAUGGAAGAAAGGAGGGAAAGAGUCAAAUUUGUGCCAAUACUAUUUUUAACUGACGAAGUUAAAGCCAAUCCGAAAGGAUUUUAUUUUCAUGAACUAUUCUUUAGACAGCCAGCAACUAAUUAUAAAUUG